CUGGAACAGCUGGCUGUGUAAGACCAGAACUUGAAAAAUCUUCUAACAACAAAACAUGGAUAGAAGACGACUGUCAAAUGAUAUUUCUUCAAGCCAUAAAACGGGUCAAAUCCAGGUGAUCUUUGGACCAAUGUUCUCAGGGAAAACAACCGAGCUUAUACGACGCAUCAAACGCUAUGAAAUCGCAAAUUAUUCCUGUCUCCUCAUCAAAUACGCCAAGGACGAUCGAUAUGACAAAGAUGGCGUGGCCACACACGACAGACAAGUUACUAAAGCAGUGGCAACAGAAAUGCUGUACAGUCUUGCUGACAUGACAGAGAAACAUGAUGUCAUAGGCAUUGAUGAGGGUCAAUUUUUUCCAGACUGCGUUGAGUUUGCUGAAGAUAUGGCUGACCGAGGGAAGAUAGUUAUUGUAGCUGCUCUUGAUGGAACAUUUCAGAGGAAGGGCUUUGGAAGUAUCUUAAAUCUUGUUCCACUAGCAGAAAACGUCAUCAAGUUGAAUGCAGUUUGUAUGCAUUGCUACCAAGAAGCUUCGUACACUAAGAGGAUGGGCAUGGAAACAGCGGUGGAGAUUAUUGGUGGAGCUGAUAAGUACAUGGCUGUCUGCAGAGAAUGCUUCAAGAAACCAUCAUUCUUAUCAACAACAACACCAGAAGAAGUCAAUGAGGACGACGCCCUUCACACCCCAACCUGUGAGGAGACUCUUGCACAUUCCAAAAUCCAGGGUAGAAAGUUAUUCCCAACGUCAAAUAAUAACGCCGUAGCUCAGAUUAGUUGAGUGAGGUGAACAUUUUAAUAAAUGAAUUUGCACAUAGUUUGGUGCUCAAUAUGGGGAAUGAUGGUACAUUUUCUAUAGCCCUAUUCACACCAAAGCAAUUAAACAAGGGUCCUUUGCUUAAUUUUUAACAUGUUAUAUCAUAAAAUGAAGCAUUCAUCAAGAUUUAACAAGCACAGGACUUUGGACAGUACAAAAUUGGUUGUCCUUUCACGCAAGGUACAUGUUGUAAACAAUUUUAACCCUGUUACAAUUUAGCAAGGGACCCUUGCUAAACUGCUCUCGUCUGAAAGGGGCGCCGAUGGCGGUACUGGUUGGAUGACUAUGAAUCAAAAGUAUCACUUAAUAGUCUUUAUCCUCGAAAAAUUUAACGUGCAUUUUAUAUCAUUGGGGCACUCACCAAAACAUAGAGUCGAACUGCCUCUAGGUGGGGGGGGGAGUACAUUGGUGUUUUGGUAAAAAAAAAACAUUCUUUAUCCCGAUGCAAAAUUUAACAUCUAUUAUAUCACUUAUUUUCAAAAUUUUAAUAUCUAUAAAAUAAAUUGUCAGAAAAAAGACUUUGUCUAAAACUUUUUUAUAAUUAUUAUUAGGAUGUCAGUUUUAAUCAAAACAAUUGUCUCAGACAAUAAUAAUGUUUAAUCUGCUAUUCAAAUCUUUAGUUCUUUUUUAAGUAAAGCAUUUGUAUAGAGACUGCUUUUAAUGUUAUGUCAAGGCUGAUUUAAAUUAAAUUCUACCUUUUAACUUAAAUGUUUCAAAUCAACUAUAGGAAUGUGACUGCUGUUAAUGAACUUGUACUUUUAUAGCUCUAAAACUGAAUUUAUUUUAUGCCAUUCACAACUACCACCCAACUGAAUAGUAAACUAUGAAUUGUUAUUUACCUUUUUGUACAAAUUUUUUAGAUUGUGUGUAGUCGUUUUUAGGAUACAUGGUUAUUCGUUGUCAUUUACACUGUCCAGUGCUGUACUUUUUAGAUUGACCAUUUACAACCAUGUUUAGCUGAAUGUUUGUUUUUAACUAUCUACAGUAAAACUACCUCAUUAUGGAGUAAUUGAAAAUAAAA